AUGUCAGACGUGAACAAGGCAAAGAAGCCUUCAGUCCCCGGCACGGCUGUCGCAGAGGUGGACGUUAGCGGCGAGCGCUUCCUCGCCGCCGCCGCCCGUCGCCAGCAGAUCCUCGACACCAUCAACGAGACGCAGCACGCCAAGGCCGCCCUGUACCAGACCCGUCAGGACCUCUUCGCACUUGGCGACGAGUAUGGCAACCUGUCGACGACGGCGGAGAAGAUGAAGGAGGCCACGGCGCGGGAGAAGAAGGAGUGGAUGAAACUCAAGAGCAGCAAGCUCCGGAAGCUGUUCCACCCCGCCACGCACACCGCCGAGCUGAAGAAGGAGGAGGACGAGUACUACGAGGCGUACGAGUGGCAGCUGCGCGCCGAGGCCGCGGCCAAGGAGAUUGGUAAACAGUCGGCGGCUCUGGGGAAGAAGAAGGACGAACUGCUCAAGCAGGCCGAGCUGCACCGGGAGGCGCAAGUCCAGUUGCUGGACCUCUACGAGGAGUUGUUCGAUGGGCCGACACCCAAUUACCCAGAAGAAGAUAAAAUGGAAGCCAACUGCAAUGCGCUGCAAGAGGUCCUUGAUUCCGUACAAGGAAAGAUUACGCAUACAUACAACGUGUGCGAGGUUCUCGGCCCUACCCGUGCCGCGCUCAACGCGGCCCUUAAACUCGCCCGCACCUCUGAAGACACGAUGCUGUCCAACAUCGGCGGCAUGACCGCCAAUCUCGUCGGCGACAUGGUCAAGCCCGAGCACGCCCGUCCCGCCAGCGACGGCCCUCCCCGCCUGAUCACGUACGACGCCACCGGCGGCACUCUCGAGCGGAUCCGGAGACUCCUCGCCGCUGCGGACCAGAGCAUGGCUGCUGCGCAGCGCCUCGACCCAACCGUUAUGGCACAUGUGCUGCCGCGGAUCGACCCGAGUAACCGCGCUCGCAUCACCGGAAGGGUGGACUGCCUGCUGAACGCGCCGCUGACGGACAUCAUCUUCUACCAGGAGAUCGCCGAGGCCGGAGAGGCGCUGGAGACGGUGGCUAGGGUCGUGGCAGAGGAGGCGGACGGGUGGGAUGCGAGGCUGGAGGCACUGAGGCAGGAGAGAAGGCCGCUGGAGGAGGAGUUGAGGAGGUGCAGGGAGGACCUGUAUGAGCUGAGGACGAAGCUGUUCGAUGAUGCGACGAGCCCGCCACCGCAGUACUCGAUGAGGCGAGCAAGGGAUGAAGAAAUGGGCGACGAAGUAUUCUUGCAGGUAUCAUGGCAAGGUCGGAUGGUGGAAUAG